AUGAUUUCCUUAGCAGAUGUCUACCAUGUUGUCACUGCCACUGUCCCAUUAUAUGUGACCAUGGUUCUAGCCUACAUCUCAGUCAAGUGGUGGAAGCUCUUCACCCCAGAACAAUGUUCAGGCAUAAACAAAUUUGUGGCCAAUUUCUCAGUCCCUAUUCUGUCAUUCCAAGUCAUUUCAUCCAACAACAUUUACAAAAUGAGCCUCAAACUGGUUUAUGCAGACUGUGUUCAGAAAUUGCUUGCAUUCCUGAUCUUCACAGCAAUCAUUAAGAUCAAGGGCAGGGGGGGUUUGAAGUGGAUCAUAACUGGUCUCUCACUCUCAACACUUCCCAACACUUUGAUCCUUGGAAUUCCUCUCAUGAAGGCCAUGUACAGAGAUGAAGCUUCUCUUCUCCUGCCACAGGUUAUUUUCCUCCAGAGCAUGGUCUGGUACAAUCUCUUGUUGUUUCUUCAUGAGUUGGAUGCUGCAAUUCCUGCAAGGACCAUGCCUGUUGUUGCACCACCAUCACAAGACUCAGGAGAAUCUGAGACUUCUCAGGAGAUACAAUCAAAAGAAGAAGAAGAAGAAGAAGAACAUAGAACACAGAACAAAACGAGGAUGUUGAUCAUUCUUAUGAAAGUGGGGAAUAAAUUAAUCAUUAAUCCUAAUACCUAUGCAACUUUCAUAGGUCUUAUUUGGGCAAGCAUACAUUUCAGGUGGGGAGUGGAUAUGCCAGAUGUUGUUAACCAGUCAAUAGAAAUAUUGGCCAGUGGAGGUCUAGGCAUGGCAACUUUCAGCUUAGGUCUAUUUAUGGCAUCAAACAACAGAAUCAUAGCAUGUGGGCCAAGGAUGACAAUGGUGGCAAUGGGCCUGAAAUUUCUUGUUGGGCCUGCUAUAAUGGCUGUAGCCUCCAUUGUGAUUGGAUUAAGAGAUAGAAUGCUCAAAGUGGCAAUCAUUCAGGCAGCUCUACCCCAAGGAAUUGUUCCUUUUGUUUUUGCUAGAGAGUAUAAUGUCCACCCAGGAAUUUUAAGCACAGGGGUCUUGCUAGGAAUGCUCAUGGCCUUGCCUGUGGCAUUGACCUACUAUGUCCUCUUGUCACUCUGCUUCUGAUACACUAUGUCAAGUAUAU